GGACUUUGGGCGCGUGAAGGCGAGCUCGCGAGGCGUCCAGUUUCCGGAAGGUUACCGCGGUGACCCGUCACUACGGCAACGACGAAUGACGUGACAGACGCGGGAGAGUAAACGGUUGAAAAGCAGCCGAACGACCUGCGGACUGUGUGUGUGUGUGUCUGUGUGUGUGUGUGUAGACAUGGAGAGACGCGGUGUGGGGGAGGAAAAGCUCAAAGCGCCCACGGACUUCACCUCCCCCGCUGUUUCACGGACUCUCCAGGAGGACCUGGUGCCCCCGUCACAUUUUGCAUCGAGUAUCCAGUCAGCUGCAGCCCCCAGAGGCGUUCAGGUCACAGGGACGACCCCACCCGUCUCCUGGUUAAAGCCAGGCGCAACAUCAGCACCAUCAGGGGACCCCCACCCUGCCAACCCAUGGCUCGCCAUCACUCAGGCCCAACAGGAAAUCUUGGAGCUGAGGAAGGAAAACCAACAGAUUAUGAUGUUACAAGGAAACAGCAUAAAAGGAAGAAUCCCUGCAGAUCAUCCGUCAGACCUCAGGGCGAGAUCUGCAGAGAGGAGUGAGCAUUGGUCCAGAUGGGAGUCAGAGUGGCGUCUGGAGGCAGAGAAGCACAAGGCCGAGGCUGAGAGGUUGAAGGGCCAGGUGGACACCCUGAAGGAGUGUGCACGGAGACACAGAGAGGAGGUUAGAGACGGAGACAGCACCCUGAACAGACAGAGCCUGGAGUUGGAAGCGAUGCGUGAAGAGCUUUGUAAGAAGAAGACUGAACUCAGCCAAAUCAGAGACGAGCUCACUCACAGCAGUGUGCAGAAGGAGAAAAUAAGCUCACAGCUUGAAAGACUUAAAAGCGAAUCUGGCGAGGAAACUGCGAGGCUGAGGAGAGACGUAGACCGGAGGAAAGAGGAAACCCGGGAGCUCGCUCUGAAGGCUGAAAUGGGCAGGUCACAGGCUGAGGAGGAAACCAAACAGCAGACGCUGAGGCUUUCAGAACAUUUGGAGCAAAUUCAGAGGAAGCAAGAGGUGGAGCUACAACAGUUGAAUGCAUCCCACUCAGCAGAGUUGGGCGCAGCAACGCAAACAAACAGCGAACUGCAGGACCGACUCGAAUCAAUGACCUCAGAAGUGCUGCGGCUGAAAAGCACUCUGAUGGAGGUAUCUACCGAGAGAGAUGAGCUGAAAGAACAUCUAAGCCAAAUGGGACAAGCUUUUGAAACACAAUCUGCAACCCUGCACAGCCUCAGAAAUUACAUCGGCCAGCUUGCCCCAGACAAACAAGAGAGGGAACAAUUAAAUGAAGUGGUUGAGAGGCUGAACAAAGAGAAGGCAACUCUUAAGAUGACCGCAGAGCUUUUGACAAUCAGGCUUAACUCUGUGAACGAGAUACUCGCCCUUCAAGAAGAGAAAAUGGGGAAGGAGACCUUGACAGACCCACACGUAAAGAAUGGAUCUGAAGGCCUUCAAGUGAUUCAGCUCUGGAGAGAAAAAGUGUUCAAGUUAUGUGUUCAGCUUCGCUCAAAGGACAUUGAAUUAAGAGGAGAAAAGGAUGAACGCCUUUCAAAACUCAGAUCUUUGGAGGUGCACCUCCAGCAGGAGCAGCACCGGGCUAGUGUCCUCCAGCACAGUCUAGAUGACAGGAUAGCUGAGCUGGACCUGGAGAGAGUGGAAAAGGAGACGUUAAAACAGGACUUGGCCCAGGCUCACAAGGAAAAUGCUCAGCUGAAGUCUCAGAGCCAGAAAUCAGCGGCUGAACUUAAAAUCCUGACAGAGGCCGUGCAAAGAUUCCGUCUGGCAUUUGAAAGCAAGGUGGCAGAAGUGGAUGCGGCUCAAUCAAGGCUCAACACUUUUACCCAGAGGCUAAUUUUCGCUAAAAGACGAGUGGAGACAAUCCAAGCUUUGAUCAUGAGGAGAGUGGCUCUGCAGAAAAUUAAGCAGGCCAGUAAAGAGACAGAAGAGGCCGCUGACAGCCUGACAAACCUCCAGACAGAGCUCGGUUUGGUGUGUGAAGAGAGAGACAAGCUCACACAGGAGCUCAAAAGAACCCCGGAGCUCAUCGAGAAAGCCUUGGCCGAUCUGAAAGAACAGUAUGAAAGCAAACGGAGGCAGCAGCAACAGGAGCUGGAGCAGAGCUGGACAGAGGUCCGGCAGGCUGCGGCUGGGAGAGAGGAGGCAGAGAGGAGCCUGCAGCACUCGCAGGCACAGCUGGAGGAGUGCAAGGGCAACCUGGAGAAACUCCGCUCUGAGCUGCUCACCCAGCAGGAGCACAGCGAGCAGGUCCUGCAGGAGAGGGUGUCUGAGAUUGAGGACCGCUGUGCUGAGAAGCUGAGAGAGAUGGAGGUUCAAGUCAAUACAGCCAGGAGAGAGCACACCAAAGCAGUUAUGACAUUGCGGCAGUUUCAGAGAGAGGAAGCAAGGAAACAGGAUGAGAAGGGAGAAACUCAGUAUUUAGGAGGUGCACACACGAAGUGGAAAGUUCAGAAUACACAACCAAAGGAGAAGGAAAAGGACAAGAGCCUAUUGAUGUCCACUGAUGCUGAUCGAGGGCUGAUGAGUGAGCACACAAGAGUUCAUGCAGCAGCUUCACAAAACUCUGCUGCUCCCAGAGAACAACAACACAAACCUUCAGAGAGGAGUAGCUCUGUGCGAGAAAAUGUCCAACUACCUGCUGAGGAGAGACUCCUGUCUGUUUUGGAGGAGCUCCGCACUCUCAGUGCUGCAGUGGUACACAGCUCUGAGGACUCUGCUGAGGAGGAGGAGGAGGAGGGAGAGAAAAACCGUGUGGGUCCAUCCACAGACAGCUUGCACAGCUGAUACCUGAGGAUGAGUCACUGGAGGCAGUUAAAACACCUUAAUUUGUACAAAAGGUGGGCAGUGUUAAAGAUGUUGGAGCCAAUUACAGUUAGUGGAAACAAAUAGUUUGAGCCAAACAUUUCAGAAAAACACGCACGCCACAUUUGCCGGUGGGUGUAUAAGAAGAAAAAUAGGUAUUUAGUGCAGACACAGUGUGCAUAAAUAUCACAGUCCUCUUCAGGAUAAUCCAUAUAAACAGAUUCUGCAUUGGAAAUUGCAGAAUAACACUUAAUGGAGAAUAGGCAAAAUCGCAACUGGACCUCAAACGCCUACAAAAAUUACCACUGUUUGUGUUUUGUGAGGAGAAAUGUUCAACCUCCUGAUAAAAGCAACUGGUUGGAGUGCAAACAGUGUAUGGCGAUUAGAUGAUAAUAAAGUCUUUGCCUGGUUAUUCACAGUAUUGGAAACGCAUUAAUGGACAAAGUUAAUUUAACCCAAUCACCAUAUUAUACAAGGGUUGUGAAAUCUUCCCAAACACUCCUCAACAAACGUGAAAUAUAAUUAAUUCUCUGGUCUGCCCACUGAGUCAAUGAAAUGCCUCAAAGCUGAAGAUGAUGUGUAAGCCAUUCACAAAAGAAACAAUGAAUGUAUGUUUUCUCUAUAGAUAAUUAAUAGAAUUUAUGCUUAUGUAAAAUUUAUGUUUAUGUAAAAUAGCUACGCAGAUGGUGAUGACUUGAAUAAAUAAAUGCAAUCAUGUGAUUAGAUGAAAGCCUGUGAGAUAAAAAAAUUAUUAGACUAGUACUUUCCCAGCUAAUGUGAAUAGAGUCUGUCUGUACUGUUGAAGUUCAUGUGAUGGUCUAAGUGUUUCUUUGCUAUGCAGAGGCUGGUGUUUUACUUUUCAAUGCAACCUAUAUAAUAAAGUAUUUUUUUUAUAGUUAA